CAUGUUAUAGAAUUUUGAGGACAAAAUAUAUAUUAGUUUUGAAUAUUAAGAAUAUUUAUAAAAAAAUAAAUAAAUGAGAAGGUGGGGAAUUAUUGAAGAAGAAUGGAGAAAAGGUCCUUGGACAGUUGAAGAAGAUAAAUUGCUCAUUGAUUAUGUCAAUUUGCAUGGUGAAGGCAGAUGGAAUUGUGUUGCUAGGCUUGCUGGAUUGAAAAGAAAUGGAAAAAGUUGUAGAUUGAGAUGGGUGAAUUACUUAAGGCCAGACCUUAAAAGAGGGCAAAUUACUCCAUAUGAAGAAAGGAUUAUUCUUGAACUUCAUGCUAUAUGGGGGAAUAGAUGGUCAACGAUUGCUAGAAACUUGCCAGGGAGAACUGACAACGAAAUUAAGAAUUAUUGGAGGACUCAUUUCAAAAAGAAAGUCAAGAAAACAAGUACUGAUAAUUCUGAAAAAACAAAAAGAAUCUGUCUUUUAAAAAGACAUCAGUUUCAACAGCAACAAUUAUCGAAUAGUCAAAUCGACCUGAAAAGGAUGAUGUUACUGUUCGAGGAAAAUGAGAAUAAAGUUGUAAGUCAUGUGCCAAAACAAGACAUGACCAUUUUGUACCAUAACAACACAUUUCAUGAGCAAGAUCAACAAGGUGGUUUGUUUGGUUCUAUGAUCAAUGGAUAUGCUAAUUAUGUGCAAGUGCCUGAGGCCUCAUCUAAUGAAGACAUCAUGUGGGAUAUUGGCUUGUGGAAUUUGGACGAUUAUAAUGUCAAUCUUUAAUCAGAGUUUUAAAUUCUCGAAUUUUAUGAAAUAACUAAACUCUUAAUGGACAUUUUAUUUAUCUCCUUUA